AUGAGUACACUAAACAUUGAACAGAGGUACAUCCUGGAGAGCUUGGGGAACAGUGUAGAGGAGAUUAUAACAGAGGACAACUGGGAACUCCGCCAAAGUACUAUAGAGAACAGUGUAGAGGAGAUUACUACAGAGGUCAACUGGGAACUCCGCCAAAGUACUCUAGAGAACAGUGUAGAGGAGAUUACUACAGAGGUCAACUGGGAACUCCGCCAAAGUACUCUAGAGAACAGUGUAGAGGAGAUUACUACAGAGGUCAACUGGGAACUCCGCCAAAGUACUAUAGAGAACAGUGUAGAGGAGAUUACUACAGAGGUCAACAGGGAACUCCGCCAAAGUACUAUAGAGAACAGUGUAGAGGAGAUUACUACAGAGGUCAACUGGGAACUCCGCCAAAGUACUAUAGAGAACAGUGUAGAGGAGAUUACUACAGAGGUCAACAGGGAACUCCGCCAAAGUACUAUAGAGAACAGUGUAGAGGAGAUUACUACAGAGGUCAACAGGGAACUCCGCCAAAGUACUAUAGAGAACAGUGUAGAGGAGAUUACUACAGAGGUCAACAGGGAACUCCGCCAAAGUACUAUAGAGAACAGUGUAGAGGAGAUUACUACAGAGGUCAACAGGGAACUCCGCCAAAGUACUAUAGAGAACAGUGUAGAGGAGAUUACUACAGAGGUCAACAGGGAACUCCGCCAAAGUACUAUAGAGAACAGUGUAGAGGAGAUUACUACAGAGGUCAACAGGGAACUCCGCCAAAGUACUAUAGAGAACAGUGUAGAGGAGAUUACUACAGAGGUCAACUGGGAACUCCGCCAAAGUACUAUAGAGAACAGUGUAGAGGAGAUUACUACAGAGGUCAACAGGGAACUCCGCCAAAGUACUAUAGAGAACAGUGUAGAGGAGAUUACUACAGAGGUCAACUGGGAACUCCGCCAAAGUACUAUAGAGAACAGUGUAGAGGAGAUUACUACAGAGGACAACUGGGAACUCCGCCAAAGUACUAUAGAGAACAGUGUAGAGGAGAUUACUACAGAGGUCAACAGGGAACUCCGCCAAAGUACUAUAGAGAACAGUGUAGAGGAGAUUACUACAGAGGUCAACUGGGAACUCCGCCAAAGUACUAUAGAGAACAGUGUAGAGGAGAUUACUACAGAGGUCAACAGGGAACUCCGCCAAAGUACUAUAGAGAACAGUGUAGAGGAGAUUACUACAGAGGUCAACUGGGAACUCCGCCAAAGUACUAUAGAGAACAGUGUAGAGGAGAUUACUACAGAGGACAACUGGGAACUCCGCCAAAGUACUAUAGAGAACAGUGUAGAGGAGAUUACUACAGAGGACAACUGGGAACUCCGCCAAAGUACUCUAGGGAACAGUGUAGAGGAGAUUACUACAGAGGAGAAUACUGGAGAGUAG